AAAAGUUAAAACUUUAAGCCCUUCAGUUGGCUCUUGUUUUGAACAGCUUUGCUGAUUGCUGCGGCCGGCGGUUGUUUCCGGGUUGAGGCUGAUAUUUUACGAUUCCUUUUCCGGCCAAGAACUCGUGGAUGGAAAUCUGAUUUAUUUGAAGCUUUUCAUGUUCAGUAAUUCAAGGGAGAUAAUUUGAGUGCAUCAGUCGGUUGGGAUGGAUUCUAGGCAGGAUAGCCGUUUUUCAAAUAUGGUUUCCUGGUGUAAGAAAAUUGCGGGUGUAAAACGCGAGAAAAGGAUUCAUCCAUCACUUAUACCGAAGACUGAAUAUCUGUUUGAUCUACGAGAUUCCGUGAAGGAAGAAAUGAUCAAAGAAUUAAUGGUUGGGACAAGACGAACUAGAGAAUGUCGAGAAUGGUUGAUCGAGGUGAGAGAGUUUGAAAUUAGUGCAAAUGAACUACUGAAGUUUCAUGGGAAGACUUCAGAUAACUUGAGGUCGUCGAGGAAACAGCCACGUGCUGAUUUGAUGAAUAUGCUUGAUGACAUCACCCAUCUCUUGGAGAGUUCUCCAUUGCAAGGAGCAACUAGAACAAUGAGUUGUUCGAUGACUGAAGUCAAGAGUUUUGGUCUUCCCAGAAGAAAUGCAAAUGCUUUCUUGAGGAUCAAAACCGGAGAUCCAGAUGAGGCGUACAUAGAAGCUGGAAGAUCUCAUGCUAUGGCAAAGGAAGUUGAAAAGGGGAAAGCCUUAAUGGCAUCAUCAUCGAAUAAACCUGACAAGCAUCAGCCAUUUGUAUCUGUGGAAACUCCGGUGACCAAAAGAGACCAAGGAGGAGCACUGGAAGAAUUUUUAAGCUCUGCAUUGCCAACAGAUGGUGUAGAACCCAUAACUAACCAUGAGGUGGUAUCAUCUUCACGAAGCGGCAUCAUAACAGCUCCUGGAUCUGAGAUUGAGCUUAUUUCUUUCGUGGAGGAAGAAAAAGAAAUGAAACCAUAUCUAUCACCUGGAAUUUCCAAUACCAUGUUUAAUGAGAUCGAAGAGAUUUCAUCCAGUCAUGAAACAGAAUCUGAUGCUAGUUUACCAGCAGCAAGUCAUAUUCCCAAAUCACUAAUAAAUGAUCAGCAAUCAGUUGAACCUACGAUUGAAGCGAGAGCAUUCACCUCUCACCAAAGCAAUCUAUCCUCGGUAGAUGCAUUUUCAGUAGAAUCUCAUGUACAAGAGGAAAUCCUACUUACUGAUGAAGUGGAGAGUGAGGAUCCUAAUCAAACUGAUGCCAAGACAAAUGUUGAGCGCACUGUGUUGAAGAUAUUGGAACUUUUGAGCAAUGAUACAGUCAGAAGAAUUGGCAUUUAUGGCAGUGGAGGGAUUGGCAAGACUACUGUGUUGAAAGCCUUUAUCGACCAUCCCCAGACAAAAGGCAUGUUUAAUUUGAUCAUUUGGUUGACUGUAUCAAAAUACUGGAGUAUAAGGAAGAUGCAGAAAGAAGUUUUAAAGCAAUUAUCAACAGAUUUCAAGGCUGAAUCUGAAAAUAGAGAAGAAUUAUUCCAAUAUUUGGAAGGCAGGAAGUUUUUGCUUCUUUUGGAUGAUGUCUGGGAGAAGAUAGAUUUAGAAGCAGUUGGCAUACCUGAUCCUAGCUUGGCAAAUGGCAGUGCGAUGAUACUGGCAACUAGAAAGUUGGAGGUUUGUGAUGACAUGCAUUUCAUUAAUUUUAUUGAAGUUGGAACGCUCUCUAAUGAAGAAGCAUUGGAGCUGUUUUGUGAACAAGUCGGUGGCAUUGUCAACGCCCCAGGUAUCCUUUCCUGUGCUCGAGGUAUUGUUGAGAGGUGUGGAGGUCUGCCUCUGCUGAUUAUUGUCACUGGAAGAGCUCUGUCGGGGGAAGAAGAUGUCUUUGCAUGGGAGCAAUUGCUGGAGCAAUUUUCAGUGCCUUCUAUAUACCCGAGAAACCGCAAUGACAUAAUCCAAUUGUUAAAAUUCAGUUUUGACCAAUUGAAGGUUCAUGACAUACAAAGUUGUUUCCUUCAUUGUGCUUUAUUUCCUGAAGAACAAGAGGUUAACAUUUCAGAAUUUGUGAAGUAUUCCAUCGAAGAAGGACUGAUUGGUGGAAAUAUGGCUGAUGCAUAUAAGAGGGGGCAUGAAAUAGUUACUGCUCUUGCACAUGCCUUUUUGUUAGAAAUUACUCCCAAUUAUUCCAUCAAAAUGCAUGAUAUGAUGAGAGACCUAGCACUGGCCAUCUUGUCACAGGAAAAUGGUAGUCAAUUUCUGUUGAGAGCUUACUCAAAACCAGCGAACCGAGAAAGUCAUUCACUGCUUGGACCACAAGAAAGGCCCGAGAGCAAUAGAUUGUAUAUUCCUGAUGGUCAUCAAUUCAUAUUGAAAGCUGGCUCAGGUCUGACCCAACCGCCUUCACUAGAGGAAUGGGAAAAUUCUAAUAUGAUAUUUUUGAUGGACAAUAAGUUGUCCUCUUUACCUGAGAGACCAAGUUGCCAUGGACUCUCGACAUUGUUUCUCCAAAGAAACUUCAAGCUCAGAGUGAUACCCAUGCUCUUUUUCGACUGCAUGUCUUGUUUGAAAGUGCUGAACUUAUCAAAUACCAGAAUAAAGUGCCUGCCAAAAACAAUUUAUAAACUUGUAAGCCUGGAAACUCUAGUUCUUCGUAAUUGUGAACGCCUUGUUAUGCUUCCUGCUGACAUUGGAUCCCUCAAACUUCUUCAAGUACUUGAUCUUAGAGGCACUGAGAUCAACAAAUUACCUGAUGAGAUUAGUGAACUAUCCUCUUUGGCAUACUUUGAUGUAUGCUUCUAUGGAUCUAUCAACCGGAGUGAGCAGGUUAAAUUGCCUCAAGGCUUGAUUUCUAAUGGGAUAAUAUCUAGGCUUCAUGCAUUGCAAUCACUGGGGAUCAAGGUGUGCCCGGGAGAUGAGCGGUGGGACAAAUGUGUCAAAUCCAUAAUUUCCGAGGUAAGUGAAUUGACGGGGUUAACUUCUCUGUCCUUUUAUUUCCCAGAAGUAGAGCUUCUUGAACUGUUCCUCCAAAAAAGUGCAGCAUGGAUUGAUCAAUGCUUAACCAAGUAUAAUUUUGUGGUUGGACAUGAUAUCAAGCGUAUUGUCUCUCGAGUCCCACAAUAUGUGGAGCUUGAUUAUGAUCGAACAAGCCAAUGCUUGAGAUUUGUUAAUAGUGAGACGAUACCUGAUGCAAUUGUCAAAGUACUAGCCUGUUGCUCUGCUUUUUAUUUAGAUCAUCACCUGGACAUAACCAGUAUAUCACAAUUCGGGAUUGGCAACAUGAAUAAGUUGAAAUACUGCAUAGUAAGUGAAUGUCCUGCAGUUAAAGCCAUUGCGGAUGAUGAGGAAUUCACUGAGGUCGUAUUUCCAUGCCUAGAGCACCUGAAUCUUCACUAUUUGUGGAAUUUGGAGUACAUCUGCAAGGGCAUUGUUCCUGAAGGAAGCUUCGCUAUGUUACGGAUUUUGUAUGUGCAUGCAUGUCCAAAAUUGAAAUACGUAUUGAAAAGCUCCAUGCUUCGAUUCUUCUCUAACUUGGAGGAGUUGAUAGUUGAUGAUUGCACAGCAAUUGAGAAGAUAAUAUUCCACGAUACGACUGCUGAAUUGAGUCGCAUUUCAGAUUUCACUUUCAAAAGCUUAACUCUCCACUACCUUCCUGCAUUAGAAAACAUUGGGGAAGGUGUGUUGCCCUUGUUCGAAUAUAUCAGUGUAUGCAACUGCCGUAAUUUCAAGAAAAUCGAUAUAGAUUCCAAGUCAAAACACACUCUGAAGGGGAUUAAAGGAGAGAAGGAUUGGUGGGAUUCAUUAGAAUGGAAGGAACCUUCUCUAAGCAUGGAUUUCAAGGACUUGUUUACUCUAGUCUCUGAGGAUGACAUGUAAGGAGAUGGAAUCAAUGACGCUGUCUUCAUUGCUCAAGUUGAGACCUUUAAAGUUCAUUAGCAGUCAUAAUGUUAUCAAGACAGCUUACUGACAAUAAAAAUCGAGGCUGAAGAGGUAUGCCUAUUUGUCCUUGUCCUAUUCCAGGAUUAUGAAGCCAUUAUAUUAAAGCAUGCCUACAUUGUAGCUGAAUAUCACUUGGCACCCAGUACCUAUGUUAUUCCGACUCUUCAUUCUUCCAAAAAUAUCCUAUGUCCGAAACAUUUUUGUUUCUUUACAAUGAAGUAAGGGAAAGUUAAUAUGUG